GCUCAACAGCUUGUUAUUGGGCUCGUCGCUGGCGAUCCGCUGCGAGUCCGGGCUGAGAGGAGGGGGCGGAGCGGGGCCGCGCUCAGCGCCGCCGCUCGCGGGGCUGUCGUCGUCGCGGAGGGAGACUGCGGCGCCGAGCCGGGCGCUGCCCACUUCGCUGCGACUUUCCAGCGCUUCCCUGCCCGGCUGUGCGGCGAGGAGACGGCUCGGAGCUGGAAUCCCUCACGUAACCGGGAAAAAUGAAGGCAGCAGAUGAGCCUGCCUACCUGACAGUGGGAACGGAUGUCAGUGCCAAGUACCGUGGUGCCUUCUGCGAGGCAAAGAUUAAGACAGUGAAAAGGCUUGUGAAAGUCAAGGUGGUCCUGAAGGGGGAUAACUCAACUCAGUUAGUUCAAGAUGAUCAAGUGAAAGGACCUCUAAGAGUUGGUGCCAUGGUUGAAACCAAAAUGCCUGAUGGAUCCUUUCAAGAAGCUGUUAUCAGCAAGUUAACAGAUGCUAGCUGGUAUACUGUAGUUUUCGAUGAUGGUGACGAAAGGACCUUGAGACGAACUUCAUUAUGCUUGAAGGGAGAAAGGCACUUUGCAGAAAGUGAGACACUCGAUCAAUUGCCACUAACCAACCCAGAGCACUUUGGAACUCCAGUUAUUGGGAAGAAAUCUAAUAGAGGAAGGAGAUCUUCUCUUCCUGUAACUGAAGAUGAAAAGGAAGAAGAAAGUAGUGAAGAAGAGGAUGAAGAUAAAAGGCGUCUCAAUGAUGAACUGCUUGGCAAAGUUGUGAGUGUGACCUGUAAUUCUGAGAAGGCAGACUGGUAUCCAGCUUUGGUUGUUUCUCCCAGCUGUAAUGAUGACGUCACAGUGAAAAAGGACCAGUGUUUAGUCCGAUCCUUUGCAGAUUCCAAAUUUUAUUCAGUAGCAAGAAAAGACAUUAAAGAAGUAGAUGCUCUAAACUUACCAAAAUCGGAGUCCUCACCUAAAAAAGGGCUUCAGGAAGCAAGCACGUUUCUCAGCACAAAGGUGGUUCCUCGGAACUGGAAGAUGGACAUAAGUGAAAUUAUGGAAUCCUCUAGCAGUGAUGAGGAAGAUGGAGCUGCUGCAGAAACUGAUGAAGAGGAAAUAAAAAGAGAAGAGAAAAAUGAAGAAGUGCUGCCCGAGGAAGAGCUUGAUCCUGAAGAGAGGGACAACUUCCUCCAACAGCUCUAUAAGUUUAUGGAAGACAGAGGUACUCCUAUCAAUAAACCACCUGUUCUGGGCUACAAGGACCUUAAUCUCUUCAAACUGUUUAGACUGGUAUAUCAGCAGGGUGGGUGUGACAAUAUUGAGAGCGGUGCUGUUUGGAAGCAAAUUUAUAUGGACCUUGGCAUUCCUAUUUUGAACUCAGCUGCUUCUUACAAUGUAAAAACUGCUUACAGAAAGUAUCUUUAUGGUUUUGAAGAGUACUGCCGUUCUGCAAACAUUCAGUUUAGGACCAUUCAUCACAAUGAACCAAAAGUGGUAGAAGACGUACAGAAACACGAGGAACCAAUGGAGGAGAGUGUGAAAGAGGAGCAAAAAAUGCCUCCAACAGAAGCAAAAAAGGAAGCAGAAGAAAAUUAUUCCAGCAGCGAGAGCGAAAAAGAAGAAAUAGAGCUAAGAUCCCCAAGGGGACGAAGACGGCUUGCCCGUGACACAAACCCUGCUAAAAAAGAGAGUGAAGAUGAUAAAACACAAGACAAAUUAAAAGACAACAACAAGGAAAACAAAGAUAUAGAGGAAGCCCUCGAGAAUGCAGAAAAGAAAGAAAAUGAAACUCUACUAGGAAGAAAAAGUACGCCAAAGCAAAAAGAGAAAAAGAUUAAAAAACAGGAGGACUCUGAUAAAGAGUCAGAUGAAGAUGAGGAGAGGCAGAGGGAGAGGGAGGAGAUUGAGAACAAAGGAGAAUCAGAAGGUGAAGAGGAUGAGGAGGAUACAGAACCUUGCCUGACUGGAACCAAAGUGAAAGUAAAAUAUGGACGUGGAAAGACACAGAAAAUUUAUGAAGCCAGCAUUAAGAGCACUGAGACUGAUGAUGGAGAGGUUUUAUAUUUAGUGCAUUACUAUGGUUGGAAUGUAAGGUAUGAUGAAUGGGUGAAAGCUGAUCGCAUUAUUUGGCCUGUGGACAAAGGAGGACCAAAGAGAAAACAGAAGAAAAAAACAAAAAAUAAAGAAGACAGUGAAAAGGAUGAGAAGAAAGAUGAGGAGAAACAAAAAUCGAAGCGUGGGCGACCUCCUCUGAAAUCUACUCUUCCAUCAAACACAUCUUUAUCCAAAACACCGAAUAGUGAAGGUAAAUCAGGAGCCAGAAGUGCACGGAACAACUUGUCAGAUUCCUCACCUUUGCCAAAUGGAACAGAAGCAACACCUCGCAGGCAGACAAGACGUAGCUCAGGAAUGUUUGAUUCUGAUAGAGGAUCAAACGACUCUGCUUCGUCUGACAGUGAGGCAGAUGAAUCAUCUGAGAAGAACAUGAAUGAGGAGUUUUCUCCAGAAACUUCAGAACUGGAAAAGAAUGAAAAACAAAAUGAUGAGAAGCUAGACGAGGAAAGCCCAAAGAUUCCUCACGCACUGAGAGAAAAUGACAGGACUCAAGUGCAGCCAUUAGAAAUCCUGAAACUGGAAGUUGAAGAAAGUGAACAAAUAGUGCAGAUUUUUGGGAAUAAAACAGAGCAAACGGAAGAAGUCAAGAGGGAAGCUGAAAAAUCACCUAAAGGAAAAGGGAGAAGGAGCAAGACAAAAGAUGUCUGCUUAGAGAAUGCAAAGGUUUCUCCAGGAAGUCAAGAAGAGGUGGCUAAUGAGUCUCUUAGAGAAAAUGAAAGAUUAGACACGUCUUCCUUGGACUGCAAAGAGUUUUCCAGCACUACUGAAACUGAAACAGAGCCUUCCACAAAAGAUAAGAAGCUUUUGAAAAGGAAGAUUUUGGAGCAGGCUUCACCUGAGAAAAGAAGUCGACGAGAGAGUGAGAUGGAGGUCCCAAAUAUUGUAUCUGAGGAGAGGACCAAUGAAUGUACUGGGGCAGAGGAAUGUAGAGGGCUGAAUGCUGAAGGGUCACUCAGAACUGAAAAUGAAGAAAUGCCAUCCCUCGUGGCAGAAUCUGUGCAGCAUGGGGAAGAGCUGAGGAGCGAGAACUUUCAGCGUCCGUCUGAAGAGAAUGAUAACGUCCCCUUGAAAGAUGAGGAUGACACAAUGCCUCACAUUGGUCCCGAAACUUUGCUCUGUCAUGAAGUGGACUUGGAUGACUUGGACGAAAAGGAGAAGAGCAGUAGUGAAGAUACGAUAUCGGAAAAGCCAGAUCCCAAUACUUCAAAUCCAGCUGCCUUACCUGCUGCUGUCCAGUCGAGCUUCUCGGUGGCCUCACCUCUGACACUUAGUCAAGACGAGUCCCGCAGCGUCAAGAGCGAAAGUGACAUGACUAUUGAAGUGGACAGUGUGGCAGAAGAAUCUCAAGAAGGGCUCUGUGAGAGUGAGUCUGCUAAUGGAUUUGAAGCCAGCACUACGUCCAGCAAUUGUAGUAUAGUGGUGCCAGAAAGAGACGUUGGAGAGAAGGGUCAAAAAAGGCCCAGUGAUAGCAAUAGCGGAACGCUGGCAAAAAAACAAAAGCGUACUCCAAAGCGAACAAGUGCUGCAGCCAAAAAUGAAAAGAAUGGAACAGGACAAAGCAGUGACAGUGAAGACCUCCCUGUCCUGGACAGUUCCAGUAAAUGUACUCCUGUAAAACACUUAAACUCAUCAAAACCACAGAAGAUUUCUCGAUCACCUGCAAGAGUGAUUUCACCUCACAUCAAAGAUGGAGAAAAGGACAAACACAGAGAGAAACACCACCACCAGAAUUCUUCACCUAGAGUAUACAAGUGGAGUUUUCAGCUCAAUGAACUGGACAACAUGAGCAGCACUGAAAGGAUCUCCUUCUUACAAGAAAAGCUACAGGAAAUCCGAAAGUACUACAUGUCUCUGAAGUCAGAAGUGGCCACCAUAGACAGGAGAAGAAAGCGGUUAAAAAAGAAAGACAGAGAAGUGUCUCAUGCAGGAGCAUCCAUGUCAUCUGCUUCAUCAGACACUGGAAUGAGUCCAUCGUCGUCCUCCCCUCCACAAAACGUGCUUGCUGUAGAAUGCAGGUGAUACACGUUGCUCUGCCUUGCCAGCAGCUUGCUGCCAUGGACUUCAAUCCUGACAUUCAGCCACAGAAAGCACUCGACUGGUUUGACAUUGCCAAGUAUAUCCUGUACACACUUCCACUGCUGGACUGUAUCUGUUCUCCCCUCGUUCCCUCUCUUUUGUUGUUGUUGUUUUGUUCUGUUUUUAAGUUACCGUUUGGAGAAAUUAAGCUCAUUGAAGGUCUGUAGGCACAACGUGACAUGCUUGUCAUCGUGUUUGUUUCUGUUUUGUUUUUGUUAAUGCAGAGCAAGGGCACUUAUCAAAUUUGAAAAGUUAUGUCCAAUGAAGCAUUCAGGUGUUCUCGGGUAACCUUAGAGAAGCAAGUGCACCAGGUAGAGACAUCAGAGUAUUAUCCAAAUGAACUGAGUAACUGCUGCACUUUCACCGAGCCGUGGUAACUCGGUGAGUAGUUCCUCUUUGUGGAAGCACUUGCUAUACAGAACUGCCAAAGUACGUGUUCAGCAAUGUGCCCAGUUUUAAAGGUGUAAAUGGGACAAAAUAAAUUGUGAAAGGAAGUGUAGUUGACUGAAAACUACAGUUGUAAUAAGUCUUCCACUUUUUAUAGGAUUUUUGAGCACACAAUUAUGCAAAUAUUUUAAUGUUUAUUAAUGUUUACAGUGGAAUUGUGAAUAGGUUUUCAGUGGACUAUCUUAUCCCUUGACAAAAAUAUUUUGUCUUUUUUCUAUGUAAUUUCAGAGUUUUUAUUUUGUUACAAAAAGACGAAAAAUGAAUAUAUAACAACAAUGAAGUUAUUUAACAAGAUUUCUAAAGCUGAAAUUUUUGUGUAAAAUAAGGUAUCUUGCAACUUGUUAAAUAUAUUUAUUCAGACAUUGGAUGUUGUAUUUUUAUGUAUUUUUUAAAAUAUUAAUAAAAUUGGAAAAAAAAAAAGAAAAAAAAAAAAAAAGCAAGCAACCAAACUAGGUUAGUUCACUCUUUUGAUAAAACACAGCUGUCAGUUCUGGCUCUCACAGGAGGAUUUACCCGUGCCUGCAUUGAAAUGGGUCCGGCUCUGUGUCCUCCACCACGCAGAUCUGGAAGCGGGCAUCUGGAUUCGACUCUGACUUUGGUUGGAAAACUUUGGCAGUCCUACUCACCUUGUUUGGAGGAACAGAAUCUGUUGGGUUGCCCUUAAGAUACUUUGUCGCGAGUUCUUAUGUUUGCUAUGCUGCCGAAUGAAUUUCUAUCUCCCAAAGUUGAGAUGCAACCAUAAGGAAUGUUUACCUGCUCACAUCAGCCCAGAGCUCCUCAGAGCCCUGAAUUCUGUGACUGUCCCAGCAGAGAGCUGCACAGCCAGGAGAGGUGGAUGACUUUCUGCCAAGCCUGGAGCACGUCACUGCCUUCCUGCUUCUGUCUCUGGCAAGAAGGACAGCAGGUAGCUGAGAUUAUUCAGUGGAUGUUUCAAGGAAUGUUUUUAAAUGCCUGUAGAAACUGUAGUGAAAAGAGCAUUAUAUAAUGUGGAACUACGCUGCUCUCAAAUUGAAAUCGACAAAAAACUCUCCAAGGUCUUUUAUUUCUAACUUCACAAUCCCCUCAUUUCUGUGUUGUUGCCAUAAAGCAAACUCCAGAGUGCCUUUUCAGCGCCUUCAAUUAUGAAUGUAUUGAAUUGGGAUUUUUUUUUAUUUUUGUUUUAAGAGACGUUUGCAGGAGCAAUGAAAACCAAAGCACCCUCUUGGCAGACCUCCCUGUUCUCCUGCCUCCUGAUCUCCAGGUUGUGUCAAGAUGAGAAGCACGACUUCCAGCUUAGCUGGCAGGUGAAAUAAAUUGCAGAGGAUGAUGGAAUCAAAUACUCUUAGAACUGUUAGAAAGAGCUGGGCUCUAGGAAAAUUCAGACCCUCCCCUGCCACCUACUGUUGAUAAGAAAGCUGGCAGAUUACUUCAGGCUGUGUAUUAGCAGCUAAUCUGAACACUAGAAAGCAACGUAAAACUUGCAUGCAAGGACAGACAGUAAGAAAAUGUUUGUAUCCUUACUUCUUUUAACUUACAGUUGCUUUUUGUGAACGUGUCUAUCAGCUCUGUGUGUACUGAUGACUUUUUGUUUUUUCUAAGGUGCAAAUUAAGCAACACGUGGUUUAAUCUGCUCAUUUCUGAUUCCUCCUCGCAUCUGAGACACCUCUUAAUCAGUGCUUCUGUCUUUCAGAGAUGUUGGGACAAUAAUAAAGCAUUAUUUCAAAAGAAUUUAAGUAGGAUUACCGUAAUAAUUAAAAGCACAACAAGAGCAGGUAAGUUGCAUCUUCCUGAAGCACUGUGUUUGACUUUCACAGGGAGCAGCACAGACCUUAAAGCUAUGGGAUGGUAGAGAGGAAAAAGUGCAAUCAGUUCUUCACUGUGUUAUUCUGUGCAAGCUGCUCUCAGAUUGUAAAUUAAUUUUGAUACACAGUGACAGAUGAAUCCAGGCAGCAAUUUUUGAAGCAGGUUCAUCUGUGGGAAUGGCUACUAGAAUUGCACACGAUGGGUUUGGUGGGGAGGGAAGAAGGAUCCGUGGAUUCUGAGCUCACAUCUCUGCUCAGUGCUGAGGGCACCUCCUUUCUGCAAACGGCUUUGUCAGCCAGAUGGAAUUUCACCCUGACAAGUCAGUGUCAAAUCCUUCCAAUAAAAUGUUCUUUUCCCUGUUAAAAAAAUGUUCUCUGCUUGUCUGAGGUGGUCAAAUUUCUGAGCAGCAUUUACUGGAAUUCUUUUACAGCAGAAAGUCUGAGAAAAGUGGUUCUGCUCUUCUUAAGAGCGGGUUUGGUUUGAUCACUUGAAACAAAGCUGACAGGUGAGCUGGAAGAGUGAUUUACAAGCUGCAACAAAAAAAGGACUGUUAACAGAGGUAUGUUGAGCUGUUUAUUUCGCAGUGCCCUUUGCAUUUUGCAGAUACUGUGCACUGAAACCUCAGUUAUUUUUAGGUCUCUGUACUUGGAUUUUAUUGUUUGCUGCAGUUUGCAGGAUAAAGGCUACCUCUGGAGAUGGAAGGAACAUGACAGAGCAGCAGAACCAAUGGGGUGCUGCCAGAGCCUGACUGUAACGUCAGGGCUUAGAAAAAAAGGCUUUUUAUAAUUAGCUCACACUUAGCAAGCUAUCACCCUCAGAUUUUGAGCAAUUCUGUCAUUCUGCCAUGUUCUCUUCCUCCAGGUAGGAUGGUUUGUGAACACGUCCCCGGAGAGUUUAAAAUCAUUCACUUUCAUUAGUGACUACCUGAUGACCAUUAUUUAUUAGUGCUUGCUUGGUUUGGGUUUGGGUUGGUGUUUCUGGAGGAGAAGGGGGGAAUCCAUGAGUUCCACAAGGAUUUACUGUUCUCAUCCAUUGCUCUGGAGGAAUAUAUAAACUCAGUUUUUCUUUUUUAAAUGCAACUGGUCUCAAAAUGUACCUACUGUAAUGUGCUUUGGUGGUGGAUUUUCUGAGUAGUCACAGCCUGAUGAUGAAUUUUGCCAUUUAAAGAAAACAGAGAAGGUAGGACACUUAGCAAUGCAGCAGUUCACCAUGGCUCACCCUUUCUGGCUUCGCUACCUUCCCCGUUCUGCACUCUCAGCAGAUGUGUGCAGUUACUCCUGCUGUUUCCCCAUGUUUCAGAGCAGGGCUGUGCUGGCUGGUGCUGCUGUAAGUCUGCAGCUCCCUGUGGUUUGUAUUGUCUGUUGGCUUGUACUGACAGCUUUCAAAGGUGAAAAUAUGUCUGUCUCAGUUUUAUGGCAUUUGGCUUUCAUUUAGCAUUACAGCUCACUAUGACAACACAGGAGCGUUGUGAACCUUACUUACUUCCUCUGCAAAACAUAGUUUGCCAGCAUAGAGAAUCAGCACAAGAGGCCCAUUGCAGCUGUGCAAGCCUGCAGGACAUUUAGCAGCAGUGCAUUUGCUUGUAUUGAGCCAUGCUCUGGACAGUUAUUACAUGGUGUUGGCUCCAUCUCUCUAUUUCCCAGGUUUUCAGAGUCACCCAGCAGUAUUUCCAUGCAGCCCCAUCAGUUUCUUCAGCUAUUUCUAAACCACUUCAUUGCUAAUCCCUCAUCUGGGUACAGCUUGACCCAAUUUGCCACCAUCCUGCUAGCUCUGCUGAUUGUGUAAGGAGGAGCAAGAGAAGGCAUUUAUAUGAAAUACAUUGCUUGCGUUUUGCAAGGGUGACUUAUCCUUUUUAACAAGCCACUUGUUCACGUGUGCACAGUCUUACAGCCAUUGUUCAUCACACUGCUCACUCUUUAACCCUUUCCCUUUUCACUUUAUCACCAGGUGGCUGUGCUUCAUCCCAGCUCCUCCUGCUGCCUGCUCCGCCCUGAAGUGUAACUGGCACCACCCCACGUCUCCUGAAGACAAGAAAAAGCUAACACAGCUAUUGGGUAAUGAAAUAGCAGCAAGUUGUCAUUCUGCUGUACUAGCAAUCUGACUGUGGGAUCUCAGCUAUCAAGAUCCUUUCAAAAGAAGCAGUGUUUAUUCCUGAGCCAACAGCACAUAAUCAGAACGGUUUUCUCAGACUUUGCUCUGCACUCAGUCAGCAGCAAAUAAAAAGGCAUCGCCUUGUAUACAUGUAUUCACACUGAACUGUGUGAAUGCCAACAGAAAGGAGGAGCCUGCCAGCAAGCUCAGUGCUUGGAGCACAUCGUGCUUACAGCCAGCAGCAAAGCCAGUUUUGGAGGAUCACUGGGUCCCCCAGAGGGAAACAAGGAGCGUAGAGUCGUUGCCUCUGGCAAAGGUGCUGCUAUGACACGUUAUUGUCACUUGUGAAUGACCUGGUGAAGCAUAAAGCCAAUGUAACCUAGGGAUAAGUUGGCAGGCAACCCUGCCUACCUGAACUCAUUAGUUACAGCAAAUGACUGCUGCUUACAGUAGCUCUUAGCUUGAUGCUCUAACAGGCUGCAGUCAGCACUCCAGGACACUCAGAAUGAUCUUAAGGCUCUAAGAGAGCAGCUGGCAACGAAACAAAAGUUCUUCCCAAGUUGAGAGAUGUAAAACGUUGGCAAAUCCCUACCUGCUAAAACCAAUCCAUUAAUUAGUUAUCUACCAAGCA